AUGCCUUCUUCAUUUCCAUCUCUAUGUCCACCUUCCACCCUUCCUCACUUCCCCAUUCCAUUUCCUUCCCCUAAAAGCCCCAUCUUUUUCAGCAGCCACUAUACUACCCAACAAACAAAGCUAGUUCUCUUUGCCACACUGCCUACUUCUACCAGUAAUUCUUCACGGAGCUCAUCAUCAAACACUCUCAGUCUUGCUAAAAGAAAAGAUAUAUUGUGCUCAAAACAGGUUUCUGAUUCAAUUCAUAAGAAAAAUGUCUUACCCACCAAAGAGAAAUCCAACCUUGAUUUUGAUAGGAAAAGCAGUAGAUUACAAGUUCAAGAUUUGGUCAAAAGGAUUAGAGCAUUACCCAAUUCGCAGAGAACCAGAAUUGUUGAUAUCAUGGAGACAGAUGGUGGAUUUCAGACCAUAUCUGACUUCAAUGAUCUUCUCAUGGCUUUGGUCACAGAAGAUGAGCUUGAACUUCCCUUGGAACUGUACUCUAAUCUAUCCUAUUAUGGGUUGGUGCCAGAUUGCUGGACAUUUUCUAUUAUGAUCAGGUGUUACUGCAAGAAAAACGAACCGAGUGAAGCCAAGAGACUUGUAGACCACAUGUUUGAAAAUGGGUCUCAACCAACUGUUGCAACUUUCACUGUUCUAAUCAGUGCAGUCUGCAGAAGUGGCAGAGUCCAGAAAGCUCUAGAGGUUAUGGAGAUUAUGCGUCGAAUCAAUUGCAAACCAACAAUUCAGACAUACAAUUGCUUGUUGAAGGGGUUGUGCUAUGUGGGGCAGGUGGAGAAAGCUUAUGAAUUGUUGAUGAAUAUCAAAAAAACUUCCAUGAAACCUGACGUUUAUACGUACACAGUGAUCAUGGAUGGCUUUUGCAAAGUGGGUAGAUCAGAUGAAGCCUAUGAAUUGCUUGAUGAAGCUCUUGAGAUGGGAUUGAUCCCCAAUGUGGUCACUUUCAAUACUCUGUUUACUGGGUAUUUCAAGGAGGGGAGGCCAUUAGAGGGUAUUGGUUUGUUGAAUCUAAUGAAGGAUAGAAAUUGCAUACCUGAUUACAUCAGUUAUAGCACCUUGUUGCAUGGUUUGUUGAAAUGGGGUGAAAUUCACACCGCGCUGCGGAUUUAUGAGGAGAUGGUGGGGAUUGGUUUUCAAGUGGAUGAGAGAAUAACGAACACUCUAUUGAGAGGGUUGUGCAGGAGAUCUCGGAAAGAGAGAGAGAUGUUAGAACAUGCCCACCAAGUAUUUGAGAGAAUGAAGAAUGGGGCUGCUGUCAUUUAUUCUUGUACGUACGACCUAAUGAUUGAAGUUUUCUGCACUGGGAAGGAUAUGUACAAGGCUAUGGUCAAUUUACGUGAGAUGGUUGAGGUUGGAUAUGCUCCCAAGAAUAUCACCUUCAACAAUGUCAUUCGAGCACUUUGUGUUGAGGGAAAGUUGGAAGAGGCAUUGUUGGUUUUAGUCCUCAUGCAUCGAGGAAGUUCAGUCCCCACCAAGAUUUCUUUCAACAUUUUGAUUAGUGAGUUUAAUCGACAGGGAAGGCGGUUGGGUGCCUGUAAUGUGUAUGGUUCUGCAUUGAAAGUAGGUGUGAUUCCAGAGAAGGAGCCUAGAGGAUAUUCAACUGAGAGAAAAGCUCUUAUUUGA